AUGCGACCAAACCGAGCAUCACUGCAUGCAAUACCCACGGAAUUAGUGAAGCUGCUAGUAGAGAAGCACGACUGUGGGGUACUGCGCUACGUCAACAAGCGUCUACACGGAAUCGCAAUUGCUUCUCUCCACACGCACCAGCUGUUUAUCCUAUCUGAAGUUUAUGCCGUGCUGGGGAGCACGGCAUAUGGGGAUGCAGUAGAAAGACUGACGCUCAACCUCGACCACUUUACCGGUAAUGUCUUGCCUGCGCUGAAUUAUCUGGAGGUAAACCUGGAAAGGCUAAAUGAGGGUGAAAACGUGGGCAAGUUGAUCGGCUCGUCGACGCGCGUGAGGGAGCUGUACCCCGCUCUUGAAACACUCAGAAUAUACCGCCCGUCGUUCGUCAAGAUGCCUGGUUUCGACAAAAUGGCGCAGGAUUCGUUUUCCUGUGCUGUGAAGGGGGUGGUGAAGGAGAGCCUUAACAUCUCGCUCCAGACCAUCCUCAUUAGGAAUGUCGAAGAUACCUUUCACUCAGAGUAUAAGCAGAACCCACUCACAGACUCAGAGUAUCGUCUACUCAGUCCCAGGUUGCAGAAAUCGCGCAGACAGACACAGGCGCGCGGGAUGAGGUGA